GGCCUGUCGCUUUAAAAGGCGUGGCGUCUGCGUGACAACUCAGUGCAACGUAGCUAACACCCACUAUGCAACAUCCUGGUAUAACGUUAGAUGUACUUCAGUUUGGCGCUUGAGACCCGGAAAUUAAAAUAAAACGUUAGAUAGCUCUGCAGAUUGAAAAUGGCCACAGAUGAGCUCUCGUCCAAGCUUAGUCGUCGCCUGCAGAUAGAAGAAGGAGCCGAGGAUCCUAUUGCCGUUGACGUCCCCGAACAGCAUAAUGGGUCGGAAGUGAAACCGAGCACGGCCAACGCAGACUCGGAGCUGGGCGCAAAACUGGUGCGGCGAGGAGAGUUGAACGAAGGGCAGGGUCAGCACGGGCAGCCCAUUAUGAAGGUCUUCAACCCAUACACCGAGUUUAAGGAGUUCUCCCGAAAGCAGAUAAAAGACAUGGAGGUGAUGUUCAAAACGUAUGAUGCUGGGAAAGACAACUAUAUCGACCUAAUGGAGCUGAAGCUAAUGAUGGAGAAGCUUGGAGCUCCACAGACACACAUCGGCUUGAAGAACAUGAUAAAGGAGGUGGAUGAGGACUUGGACAACAAACUUAGCUUCAGAGAGUUCUUGCUGAUCUUCAGAAAGGCGGCUGCAGGAGAACUGGCAGAGGACAGUGGCCUUGGUGUGCUUGCUCGCCUCUCUGAAAUUGAUGUCUCCACUGAGGGGGUUAAAGGAGCUAAGACCUUUUUUGAAGCUAAAGUCCAGGCCAUCAAUGAGUCCAGUCGGUUUGAAGCAGAGAUCCGCCAGGAACAGGAGGCCAAGAAGAAGCAGGCUGAGGAGCAGAAACAGAGAAGAGCUGCUUUCAAAGAACUGCAGUCAGCCUUCAAGUAACUGCUUCUCUUUUCUCAGGAACUUUCACUCUCUGUGCUGUACUGUUUUGUCAGUUUGUUGAUGGUGUGUUUGUAUUCUCCAUGUAAGUCAGGUGAGCUCUUGAGUGCCAUACAUGGAGGUUACUGUUCUAAGAAUCAAUGGACUGCGUAUGUUAUGAAAACUCAGUGUAUAACAAUUGUUCAUGUGUCUCCAAUCAUCUAUUCAUUUAGCUCUUAAGCUAAAUGGUCUCAGUGUUCAAUACAAGUUUGUUGCAUCAGAUUGCAGAAUUGACAGUAGAUUAAGUAUUGGAAGAUUCUUAUGUUAUCUGUCAUCCACCACUUCCCAAGAAGUCAGUUUAUGCAUUAUUGUCGCCUACUGUGUUGGUGCAGUGGAUGUACUGAAAUAGACGGAUCAAAAAAUACAGUUAAAAAUUAAUUUUCAUCUUAUAAUAAACUGCUGUGCAGUGUUUUGAUGUCUAAUAAAUCUUCAACCUCAUGGAUUUGUGUUCGUGGACCAUGUGUGGCCCAUCUGAUGUCAGCCCAUUUGACUGCUACUGCUACUUGUACCACGUAGCCCCCAUGCUUUACAGCUAUGAUGUGGUUUUAUAACACAAUGAAAGUUCAAAUCAAGCUAGGAAUGACGAAUAGAAUAGAAUAGAAAUGUAUUGUCAUUGUUUGGCAACUAUUGCAGCAGCAGCAUCAUACAUUCAUUCAUGAAUACAAAUAUCAAUAAAAAUAGAUUAAAAGUGCAACUUGUGCAGACAUUUCAAGUGUCAAGUUAGAAUGACAUGAACUAAAUAUUUGUCACUGUAUUUGAGUAAAAAAAUACAUGUUCCGAAACAAUGUCAUCACUGAUAAUUCUAUAUAUUGCUUAGCCCUUAUAUUGCCGGAUACUGAGAUGUGUACGUGGGAAUGUAGGGGAAGUGGGGGUGGUCCACACAAAAGAUGUAAUUUAGUAUAGACUUGAAUGCACUGUGGCAUGGUUUGCCUACAGAGUCCAUUGUUGUUAAGUUUUGAAAGGUUGCCAAGCUCUGUAAUUUUACCAUGCUCUGAAUUAUGUUUUCCUACAAUAGGGCUGUGUGGGUGUGCAGUGGAUUUUUGGUUUGAUUUGUGGUGGUUCAGUUGUUGUGGUCAUUCUUCAAUGUCGUCUUUUGCAUUAGCCCUCUUAAAUACUCUACAAACAGCUUUUGAAUUAGGUUAUUUUAAAAUUGCGAUGUUCUCACCUAGAGUUUUCUGUUAUUCCAGUCAGCUGUUGAUGUUCAUCAACGUCAUUGAUGAGCUUUGCAGAUCUUUAUUGUAAACUCUGCUUUAAUAUUACGAAGAGCUGUCAUAGAGUUUGAAGUUCCUUUAAAUCAGUCUUGAAAGCGCCUGGAAAGAAGUCUGGGAAACUGUUACAUGGUCCAAAUGUGAUGCGUUAGUUGAACAUAAAAACGUUUAACCUGGGUAUUUGUACCCAAAUGUGCAACUGUGAAGUCAAGCCAGUUUGACAUGAAUCACGCAAUUGCCACAGCGGCAAUUCAAUCUUUAUGGAAUAUUUAUUGAAAGAAUAUUUCUUUACUGGAUAAAAUGGACAAAACCUCAGGAAAAGUAUAAGUAGGAUCUUCUUCUUCCAGGAUGAACUGACUGGGCACGUGUUCAGAAUAAAACAGAAAAACUACAUUAUGACAUCAGUGUCAUUGAAAUAGUUAAAGUGAAAUGUAAAUUUUGACAUCCAAAACUAUGCAAAUAUGGAACAGGAUUUUUUAAAAUGUUUUUGAAUGAAUGGCAUGCCUGCUCACCCAGACCCAUAUGGAUGUUUGACACAGAAUAUAUAAUGUGCCAUUAUAGACGUUAGACUAGAACAACUUCUGUUUAAGAGGUCACGGUGUCAUACAACUUUUGUCAAAUUAAUAGUAAUGUGACCAUUUUGGCAGAGCGCGAUGUCACCAUCUCACCAUUUCAGCAAGUUCCUGCUGAAAUGGUGAGAUGGUGACAUCGUGCUUCCUCUUUUGUCUAAUGCUGCCUUUAUGUCUUAUCAAAACUAGAUGACAUGCAUUCAUAUCCUAUCAAAACAUCUUAAUAUAAUUUUUCUCAAAUCCUUGUUCAUGUAUUGAAACCACUCGCAGUGGAGAAGGACUUUCCUGCUGAUUUCUUGUAGUGGCUUACUUGUUCCACUUUGAUCCACUCUGUAUAUUGUAAUUGGAUUUUAGCAAAAUGUUAUCGUAAUAAAUUUAAGUCAGUAUUCAGGUUUUUACAGUGUUAAUCCUGAAAAUUGGUAGAUUACUUAGAAAAUGAUCCUAUAACAAUGCAGCUCCUAUACUGAUAAUGGAAAACACAAGAUGGUAUACAAAAAUGUGGGACCACUGUUUGGUUUUAAAAAAAACAACAACAUAUGAAUAGAAAAAUGCGUAAUUUGUUUUCAGAAAUCAUUUCAAUGCAGUAGAACCACUAGAGACACUGUUCCUUGUUAGGAAAUUAAUAUGUGGCAACCUAAAACAUUGACUUUGAUUCAUUGUCAUAGUGAUCUUAAUGGAUUUUUUAAUGUAUUUUUUUUUUAUUUUUUUUUUUUAAAGGAACCACUGCCUCACACUUUUUUCUCCCUUUUAAUGAACUGAUGUGCAAAUAGUGUUAUUUAAUGACAAAGAGAAAUGGUACAUCAAUGCUUUGCAAGUUUUAGAAUAUUGUCAACUUGAAUUAAUGGACCAGCAUAUAAAACUGCAUAGGACAGUGACAAAAUAUUAUUGAUUAUUGGUUGUUUAUUGAUUUGAGUGCUGUUGUAUUGUAAUAUUAUAUUUUACAAAAUCUUUUAUCCACAUAAGUGAUUCUAAGCAACUGAAGUAAAAAAAAAUAAAAAAACAGUUAAGGGAGACACUUUUCCCCACAGUGAUAAUGCAUAUCAACCGGUGUACUAUUGCAUCAUUCUAUGAAUGACCUAAAAGUGUAUACAACCAUCUGGCCAAGAACAACAUGUAUUUUAAACCAUUUGUGAAAUGUUUGUAUUGGAUGAGUGUUUUUCCAAACACAUUAGUCAGGCAUCACAUUUUGUAAUCCUAAUAUUAUCAUUUUCAAUAAUGUAGCAAAUUCUUUUAGGACAGAUUGUCCAGUAAUGGAAAACAUAAGUAUUGUGUAAAAUGUUAGUUACUACUUCACAUAGUGUUAUUGAUUCUGUUGAAACAAGCAUAUUGUGGGAAAAGUCCUCAAAAAUGAAUUCAUAUUAAUACAACAAAUAUUUAAUUGCAACAUUGCAUUUCUUUAUUUUUUCAAAUUGAGGGUUUCCUUAAAAAUGUACGUAAAUUCAUUGUUCUUGAGUUAGCACAAAUGACAGUUGGGUGCUGCUAUUUCAUCACUGAGCUCAGAACCAGUCCAAACCUCCCUGAGGCAUUAGGGAAGAGUGCUGAGAACACCACCCCCCUAAGCAGAUUUAUAAAGAAAAGAAUGAGGUAUAAACAAUACUUAAUGAUUAUUAAAUGCCAAGAAAAUAUUUUAAAAUAUAGUAAAUGUAGUGUACACUCACUGGCCAGUUCAUUAGGUACACUAGUGAAAACAAUUGUAUUCUAACAUAAGGGUCCUGAGCUUAAUUACUCUUCAUGACUGUAAUGCUCAGUCUCUGAUGAAAAGGUGAAAGAAAGGUGGUUAAUCAACUGUGUGAUCACACUAGAGGACACAGUUUAUGUCGCUGGUAAACUGUAUUGAGUUAAAAUUGGUUCUAUUAUUGAUAGGAUUGUCAAAAUAAUAGUAACAUCUGGAAGUUUAAUACAGUACAAUUCAAUAGUUCAAAAUACUCCUUCAACAUAGUCCAAAAUGAAACUGCAGUUUCUAUUUAAAAAAAAAAAAAAAAGCCUCAGUACAGGGCUGUAAAAGUAGCAAACAUUUGUUUUUACAAGUGUAUGUAAUGAACUGGCAAGUGCGUAUACAUGUCUACAUUUCUACAUAAAAAUGCAUGCAAAACAUCUCAGAACUGAAGUGGUUCUGUACUUAGAACUGGGCUAAAAUUCCUCCCAGUCGCUGUAAACUGAUCAGAAGUUUACUGGAGAUAUUUAAUUGCUUCUAUUGCUGCACAAGGAGAUCACACCAGACCCCGAAAACAAGGGUUCACAUACUUUUGCACCUCACAGAUAUGUAUAACUGUCUUUUUUUCUUAAAUUAAAGUACUGCGUUAAGUAGAAUCAUUUGUUUGACCAGAUUCUCUGUCUACUUUCAGGGCUUAUGUGGAAAUUCCUGAUGUUUUGAGUAUUGUGUAAAACACAUCUGAGGGUUGCAAAUACUUUUAAGCUGCACUAUAUUUUUGUUUUGGUUUGAUUUUUAUCAGGCAGUCACAAAACACAGACCUGGAAGUGGCUUGUGGACUGUUUCUGUUUCCAAACACUGGGACAUUUCCAAGCGUUUUUAGUCCAUAGGCCCAUAAAUCAUCUAAAAUUGGUAAUGCAAGGGGCCAAAUCUGACAAAGCUUGGGAGAUGUUUGCAGAUUUCAACUUUUUGUUUUCUAGAUGGUUGUGGGAUACUUGUGGUUUUAGGUUUUAUCAGCUCUAUUAUGCAUCUUAACGCUAACUCUACUAAUAUUACCUAUUACUUAUUACUACUCACGUGAUGGAUUUGAUGAAUUUUUAAACUUCCACUGAAUUCUCCCAACACCUUAUCCCUUGGUAUUUUAUUGUUGCUUAAAUGUACUACAAUUACUGCUGUCAUUAACCUUAGUGCUUAUUGUUCCACCGCAACAACAAUAUCAAUGGAAAUGACACAUUUCUAAUGUUGUAGAAAUCUGUUGGCUGAUUUUAGUUUUUGACUUUCCUUUUGUUGUUGGUACAGCAUUCUAUUCUAUUCUAUUCUAUUCUAUUCUAUUCUAUUCUAUUCUAUUCUAUUCUAUUCUCUGGAAUAUUAGGAAGUUUCUGUUCUAUAAAAACCCUUAUACCCUUGAAGAAUCUUUAAAGGCUCACUUGCAAAUCCUGAUUGUGUUCCAGUGCCCAGUUGCAGCCCUUGAUCUCCUCCCAGCUCACUGCUGUAAUCCUCAACUGUGGUCCAUAUGUGUAUUGAAAGUAAAAACAUGAUUUAGAAGGGAAUUUGUUUGAGAUGAACAGUUAGGAACAUUUUUUCCGUCUAAUGUAUGUUUGUAUUUUCUCCACAUUUAUUUUUAAUGUAUGCAUAUAAAUAAAUCUCUAAUACAACAUUAUUUAGAUUUUCAAUAAAUUUACCCAUUUGUCACAAAUGUGUCAGUUGUGUGUACUAGGUACCUUUCUACCAUUGUUGUUAUAUGACUGUGAGUCAUAUAGCACGUCUUUUCUUCAUAUAUUGUACUGUUCUGCCUCCCUUGCUCCUUCUUUUUAUUUUUCAUCUUCCUGUGUCCUAGGCAGUGAUUGGAGGAAAACUGUUUUUGUUUUUUUUCCUGUGACUAAACAAGACUGCUGGCCAUCA